AAUUAACGUUUAAACAGAUAUUAUGCCUAACAUAUAUAAUAAAUAUAUCUAUUAUGUUCUGAUAAACGCGUCUAUAUCAGGAACUGUUAGUUUGAUUUGAAAAAUCUCUAUAGUGGGUUAGUGCAUUUAUUGAGGAAGGCUAUUAUUACAUAGCGAAAUGAGACUGGGAAAAUAACGGGAACACAUAAAAGCGUAACAGUUCAAUAGAUAUGUAUUCUACUUAUAAAGAAAUGAUGUUUUGUAAAAUAAGAUUGUGUUCUAGUUGAACGUGUUAUCAAAUCUUAUCAUCGCGAUUACUUAUCAAUGUGCACUUACUUUGGAAAUUUCAGUCGUAGAUGUUGUGUUAAAAGGUUUAAUUAUAAAGUUUGUGUGAACCAUAUGUAAAUGAACUUAUAUAAUAAUAGUGUGUAGAGUGAGAUGUUAGUGUGGUGAUAAUGGAGGAGAACAAAUAUAAUAGUUUACCACGGCUCAGACGCAAGCAUACAUGGAGAAGAUCAGGGCUGGACACAUGGUUCGGAAGGCCGAAGAAAGCUGGCGGAGGCAUGGAGCGUGGGUACGAUACGGUUCCCCGGGCUGAGUUGCGUGGUGAUGAGGAGCCUCCUGUGGAGUAUAAGAGCAAGAUUGACGCCCUUGACGAUGAACAGUUGGAGAGCCGAUUUGAGGAGAUGCUGACGGAUAUGAACAUAGGUGAGAAGAAGAAAGAGCCAUUAAGAAAAUAUUCAAGUGACCAGAAGAAAAAAAUGUUGGUCGCGUAUAAGUUUGUUAAUACACAGGAAGGUCGUUCGAAGUUUGAAAAGCCAUCAGACUACGUGACCUACCUCAAUCAGCCAGAGUUGUCAGUUGGGAAGUUGCACAGUUGUUUGGAGAAUUUACGUAUUUCACUAACAAAUAAUCCGCUGUCAUGGAUCGAGGAGUUUGGUACUAAGGGCAUUGAGAGUUUGCUGACAACACUCAAUGUUUGUUAUACGAAUGACUCCCGCUACGAUCGCGUUCAAUACGAGUGCAUCCGAUGUUUGUCAGCUAUAUUAAACAAUACGGUCGGUAUUCGAGCUGUGUUCGAAUGUCGAGAGGCCUUGCCGGUACUGGCUAGAAGUCUGGACGCAAGGAAGCCCCACUGUGCCUUGGAAGCUGCUAAGGUGCUAGCUGCAAUAUGUUUGAUACCGAAUGGCCACGAGAAAGUCCUAGAAGCGAUCACAAUGGCCGGCGAGUCGAGUCGAAAACCAAGAUUGCUACCCAUUGUGGAGGGACUUCAUCCCAAGGCGCCUGAGAGUUUAAAGAAUGGCUGCAUGCAACUGAUGAAUGCAAUAAUAACAGAGCCAGAGGAAUUAGAGUUCCGAAUGCAUUUGAGAAGCGAAUUUAUGAGAACUGGACUUUAUGAUCUGAUUGAGGAUUUAAGAGCCGGUGCAGAAGAUGGCGGUCGUCUGAUUCAAAUGAACGUCUUUGAUACUUACGCUACUGCCGACCAAGAGGAGUUUCUCGCUAAGUUUGAUGAUGUCAGAGUGGACUUCCAAGACGUGAACGAGUGCUUCGAGCUGGUGAAGAAUCUGGUACUGGAAACUCCGGCAGAACCGUUCUUGCUCUCCAUAUUACAACACCUGCUAUUCAUCAGGGAUGACGAGCUUAUAAGACCUGCAUACUACAAGCUAAUAGAGGAAUGUGUAACUCAAAUAGUGUUACACAAGAAUGGCUACGAUCCAGACUUCAGACUCACACAACGAUUCAAUAUUGAUGUACAGCCUUUGAUUGACGGACUUAUUGAAAAGUCUAGAGCAGAGGAAGAAAAGAAGCUCGAAGAGUUAAAAAGUAAACUGGAAGUGGCCAUCUCGGCGCGACAGGAAGCAGAAGCCAGGGUGACGCAUCUAGAAGAGAGGAUGAAAAGUAUAUCUACGCCGAGUGGGCCUGGUGGAGUGUCUCAGGGAAAUAUCGCUGCCAUUGCUAAGGCUAUCGGCAGCCCCGGAGGUCCGCCACCACCGCCGCCGCCACCUAUGCCUGGAGGAGGGCCACCGCCACCGCCGCCUCCACCAUUGCCCUCAGGUGGUCCCGCGCCACCACCUCCGCCUCCUAUGCCUUCAGGAGGAUCAGCACCACCGCCGCCUCCCUUCCCAGGAAUGGGGGGUCCACCACCGCCUCCUAUGCCGGGAAUGGGUCCGCCGCCACCGCCUCCUCCUCCAGGAAUGGGACCAAGACCACCGCCCCCGCCGGGAGGCUUCAUGGCGCCUAGGAUGCCACAACCAGAUAUUCUACCUCAUGGUUUGAAGCCUAAGAAGAAGUGGGAGGUCGAAGGACCCCUGAAACGUGCCAACUGGAAGACUAUUGUGCCACAAAAAAUGUCUGAAAAGGCUUUUUGGGUUAAGGUACAAGAAGACAAAUUGGCGUCACCAGAUAUCCUAAGUGGUCUCGCGUUGAAAUUCUCCAGUAAACCAGUUGCUAAGAGAAACGAGGAUGCUGUCGAUAAGGUGCACACACUAAAAAAAGUGAAAGAUUUGAAAGUGCUGGAUUCGAAGGCUGCUCAAAAUCUGUCGAUCCUUUUGGGUGGUUCGCUCAAACAUAUGUCGUACGAACACAUACGCACGUGUAUCUUGAAGUGUGAUACUACAGUUCUCACUGCAAAUGUUUUGGAUCUCUUGAUACAGUACUUACCUCCAGCAGACCAGUUAAAGAAACUGGCUGAACUUAAAUGUAAGAGUCAAGAACUGACUGAAGCUGAACAGUUUGCGGCGACAGUUGCAGAUAUCAAACGUUUGGUGCCGCGAUUAAGGAGUCUAGCAUUUAAAGAACACUAUAGGGAGAUAAUAUCGGAAGUAAAGCCGGAUAUAGUGUCAGGUACGGCAGCCUGUGAGGAAGUGAAGUCGAGCGGCAAGUUUGCCAAAAUCCUUGAACUUCUGCUCCUAUUGGGUAACUAUAUGAACACGGGCUCCAACAACGCUGGCGCUUACGGAUUCGAGAUCAGUUUCCUUACGAAGUUAACAGCCACGAAAGACUUGGAGAACAAGCAGACAUUGUUACACUAUUUAGUGGAUACGAUAGAACAGAAAUUCCCUGACGUACUUAAUUUUGCGGAGGAGAUGCCUCAUAUUGACAGGGCAGCGAGAGUGUCAAUGGAGAGUCUACAAAAAUCGUUAAAGAAGAUGGAAAAUGACAUUCGCGCUUUGGAGACGGACCUGAACAACUCGAGGGUGCAACAGAGCCCUGACGACUUGUUCAACGAGUGUAUGAGCAGUUUUGCCGUUGAAGCACGUGAGCAAUGCGAUCUCCUCCACUCGAUGUUUAGGAAAAUGGAGGCAUUGUACAAGGGUAUAGCAGAGUACUACGUGUUCGAUCCUCAGAAAUAUACGCUAGAGGAAUUUUUCUCGGAUAUCAAGACGUUCAAGGAUUCCUUUGCGGCGGCAUAUCAAGACAACGUUGUAAUAAGGGAGACGGAAGAGAGAGCUAGAAGAGCUAGAGAAGCUCGUGCUACCGCUGAAAGAGAAAGAAGAGAUCGCCAACAUCGGUACAAGCAGUUUGUGGACAUGGAACAUGCCCAGGACGGCGUUAUGGAUAGCUUGAUGGAAGCGUUACAGAGUGGUUCAGCGUUCAGCAGAGAGCGGCCCAGAAAGAAAGCUAAUCCCAGAGUUGCAGGAGCUGAGCGAAGAGCGCAGUUGAACCGUUCAAGAUCGAGGUCUGGUCUAACCGGACCGCUUACGACUAGAGAAUUAACGAAUGAGUUGCUGAGCAACGCGUGAUGUCAUCAAUCAGUGAUAUUAGUGUAUUAUUAACUAGUUGUUAAGAUAAUCGAAUGUCAUGGCCUACUUGUACUUUUUAAUAUGCGUACGCGGUUCUAUCUGUCAAUGUCAUUUUUAAAAAAAUCUUAAAUGUGAUAGAUUUUAAUAAUUGUAGAAGACAUUAAUAACAAAAAGAUAUUGGAAAAAAAUUAAUUAUUUAAAAAACAUUUGAUUUUCUGUUUUUGUCACGUAGAAGUAAUGUCGAAACGUUAAAGUUCAGAACAAACAUAUCAAAGACAAAUAGAAGCGCGUACUCGCCAGAGGGCUCUUCCAACAGGUGUAUUAUAUUAUUUGUCUUAGACUUGUAAGACAAGAGAAUCAGUAAACAUUAGAUUUUAUAUAUUACGAAAACUGUCAAGUAUAAAAUAAUAAUAGAAUUUUUUUAUUGAACAAAAUGCUAGAAAAAAGAAUUACGAGGAAAAUAAAGUCAAAGCCCACAAAAUAAUUGCGGAGAUUAUGAAGUAAUUGAAAUCUUGUAUGGGAUAUUUGUAUACAAAAACGUAAGGAAUUUAUACAUUUGUCUAAUGGUUACUGACUCGACUCACUAUGAACAGUCUGUAUAAUCAAAGUUUUUUUGUAAAUCUCGCAGUAAUGUUUAGAUGCUUGUAUAGGCUGUAUUGAAGCUGUCUAUAAAAUUGUUUAGAAUAUGUACUUGUCUAAAUAGUUCAUGUCUAUGCCCAAAAAAAAUUAGAAUCCCUUAGAAAUCUAUUUGCAUUUGUAUAUUUUGGAUUUUUCGUAUGAAUCUCAUUAUUUUGUGUAAUAUUUUAUAGACAGUUCAUUUAUUUCGAUGCAAUUUAAUUUAUUACAGUAAUUAAACUGUCCAAUAUGAAAUAAUAAGUUCGUCCAACGUUCAAAUGUACGCACAAAAAAGCGAAUUAUACACUUUAUUUAUUUUGAUUUAAUAACAUUUAUACAAAUAAGUUAUAAUGUGUUUCAGUUUUACAUACAAUAAUAGACAUAUGAAUUUUAGGGGUUGUUAUGUGAUGUUAUGUUUUUAAAUGUAGCAUUUUUAUCGCGCUUUGAGAUACACAAACACAUUAUCUCUUAGCUUACAAAUAAAUUUCUCUUAAAAUAUGAGUUUUAAAUAUAAAAAAAAAUAUUGUUCUGUGUUUAACAAAGGCCGUAUCGUGAACCGGCACAGGUUUUAUGCUAAUUGAAACAGGACUUAAAAUAUAUAGGACGUGUUUGCAUGGUCACGUAGUAUUAUUAUUUUGGUACUUUUAAUUUAGUUAUAAUAUUCAAUAUCCACAGCAAAGAUAUUUUUUUUAGUACGUAUAUUCUGCAGUUUAGUUAUAUUUGAUUAAAAAAGCUCUUAAUAAUUAGCAUCUAAAGCAAUUUAUGAAAUUUAAUUUUUCUACUUAUUUAUUUCUACGAAUUUCCAUGAAAUGUGAUUUAAUUUGUUCAAUUCUAAUUAUUUUUACACAAUACCUUUAUAAACAUCGUAACAUAGGCAUUUUGUAUGACUUAGUAAAAAUAGCAGUCGCACAACACGUGUGAACUAACGAAUUCUGUAUGAUUCCUGGCCUAAUUCAUAAACGUAAUAUUAACAACAAUAUAGAAUUAAAAAUUAAUUAAAUAUGAAUCAUUAUUCAAUUUUAACACUGUUUUAUUGUAACAAAAGAUAAUUUACACUUUAUUUUAAAACAUGAAUUGUAUCAUGGUUACCAUACUUAUAUGAACUAUGCAACCGUGGUAACACAAGGUACUACUUUAAGUCCACUUUUUAUGAUAAGGCGAGGCGGCUUAUACGUUUAUGAAUAAGCAUGAAUUAUAAGUGUAUAGUUCGCUCAAAUGUAUUUAAUAUAAAUUAAUAAAACAGUAUUUAUAAUAACUGGAUAUAUACAGCAUAUUUUAAGGUUCUGUUAUUUUGUUUUACUUAGAUUUUCGUCUCUAAAUUGAAAAUUUUGUCUUAUUAAAAAUGUAAUUCUAAUAAAGACUGUUAUUCUAAAACGGCCAUAUGUCUGCUUUGACUGAAAUUCGCGUCCCUUAAUAUUAAAAACACCUUGGUCUUGUACGCCUAACCAUCGAAGACCACGUGUAAUUCGAAACUGUUUAUGAAUUUGGUCAUUUUGUCGUAAUCGCUUUUGUAGAUCGUAUGUUAUAUAUUAAUUAUAUAAUGUAAAUAUAUUUUUGUAAAAUGUUACAUUUUUUGAUUAAUUACAAUGUUUUUAAAACUA